AUGCUCACGAAGGAACGCAUUCCCGUUGCAACCUACCCCUCCUCCUACGACAUGUUUGAAGAGCGUCCUCGACCCGGAACACGCAUGUUUCGCAAACACCUCACCAGCACGCUCCACAUGGCGAGUCUCGUGGCCAGCCUCCUCGCCACCUCUCUCUUCGCGGCCGCCAUCCCACACUGGAACAGCAAUUUCUUCCAUAACACCGGCCCCAAUCGAGGCGACUGGACGGACGGCAUGCCCCUGGGCCCUCUUGUCUUUGCCUUGGUCUACCACGCCGCCACGCUCGUCCACAACCGCACCACCCGUCGGCAACGAGGACCCGCGGAGGCAGUCACCGCCGGCGGCAGACCCUUGCCGCUCAUCCUCCACGCGCUGUCGUCCGCGCUGAUCCUGGCCACCCUGUUCGCCUCCCUCAUCCUGGCCGCAUACGGCUCGCUGUUCCGCUUCUGGCGCCCCGCCACGCGCACCCAGUCGGGCGGCGUGCCUUGCGACACCAUGCUCAACGUCUUCGCCCGAGAGUGCCAGCCCGUCUUGUACAGCGUGGGCCGCCUGCAGCUGGCCGGGAUCGUCUUUGGCGCCGCCGUCUGGCUGUGCCACUUUGCCCUGUUUCUCAUCGCCCUGCGCAACCUCAGGCGCCACAGCAUCAUCAGGCGCGUACAGUCGGAGAAACUGGCUCAGUUUUCUCUCCCGCGAUCAUUGUCGUCCGACUCGGCACCGACCGUGCCGCCCGGACGGGCACGCUCCAACACCACCAGAGCCAUGAGUCUAGGCAGAUCCCUGUCGAUGAAGGCACGGCAGAAACCAAGUCACCACGGCGGUCGUAGAGGUGAGAGGACAAGGACAGGUUCUGGUUCGGGCACCGCCGUCACGGAUGGCAAUUGGCACCACCACCACCAACAACAACAACAAGGUCCGGGCCGGACUCAGGGUUGGUACGACGUUGCUGGUGGUGGUGGUGGUGGUAGUGAUGUCGACAUCCAGAGACCGACCCAGACUCUCCCACCUGUUUCGUCUCGCUACUCUUGA